AUGGGGUGCGAUAUACGACGCGGGGGGCACUCCGGUGCGGUGUUUAAUAGGCCGCUGGGGUACAGUGGGAGCCACAGUGACGAACAGCAAGUCGGUCACUUGAACUGCAUGAAGCCUCUCCACGCAGGAGUGGCCAUGGACGGCAUCACACCCUCACCGGUGCAUCUUGCUAUUUCAUACAACUCACAGUCACUCCAGAGCAUUAUUGAGAGCCAGGGACAGGCGUCUUUGCUAGGAGCGAAGACGCUGAAAACGAACACGGCGACGGCAAACACAUGGGUGGGUGGCGGGGUGGAGCGUAAUAAACGUCGUGGCAGCAAAAUUGUGUGUGGCUAUUCAACCGACACCAAAGUGAUGUGUGCCGUACGUGCAUUUUUGGUCGACAAGGCAUUGCUAGAAAAGUUGGGCGAAGUCGUUGCACAGACCGAUUUCACCCGCUCAUGGUUAAUACCAGAAAACAGUGUAGAAUCCAUUUUGGAUAGUAGCGGGGGCGAAAGGGUGGAUGACGCUUCAACUGCGGCAUCUGGGUCGAAUGCAUCUCCAAAUUGUCCAGUGGAGGGCCACAAAGAAGAUGCUGGGAAGGGCGUGAAGAACAGUGGGGAGUGGCUUUCCACCGCUUUCUUUCUUCGACUGCGGCAAAGACUGGAAAAGGUUUUCCUACACCCUACAGAGAAGGCUGCCGCAGAGUCGACGAAUGACGUCGUAAACGAGAAUGAAGACAUUUUGUUUGUUUCUUCCAGCUCUGCCCAUCCUCCGCAUUCGCUCAUAUGCACUGAUACUAUUUUGGAGGCGGGGGACAAUGCACACCAGCUAUCAGGGAACACGGGGAGGAACGCGGUGUCGCUCAACAUCCCACCACUGUCCACGCAUUCUGGUUUAAUGUCGCUUUCGGUUGGGGCCAGUAGCCCCACUGGUUCGUUACGGGUGAAUGUUUUGGGUGAGUUUACUGGAGCGAAAACGAUGUCCGACAGUGUUUUCCAAGCCGACACGGUUAACGUGGGUGAUUUGGAUGAGCGGGAUAGUGCGUAUGCAGCCGAUUGGCGGCUCCCCAUCGUGGGGGUCAGUAUCAUUCCAUUGGAGGUUAACGAAGCGGGAAAGCUGGGGUUGCCACCAGCCUCUGUGAAGUUUUCCGAGAAACAGCGUACGAAGAUGAAUGCAGCUGCAACGACGACGACUAUAGCAGCUUCUUCACGACUGAGUGUGAAACCAGUGGUUCCUGCGACGGUGAAGCCUAUUCCGCAAGUCCAGCGGAAAGUAAAACGGAACUCCAAACCUACUGAGGUCUUCAAGGGUUCAGGGGCCCCUCCUCAAGGCACUUCUUCCGGAAAAGCAACUGCCGCCUCGCGUGGCGUCACGCAUACGAAUAACGGCACGCGCGCUCGGGUGGCUCGUGGUAGAGCUGGACAUGGGCCUCCAAGGAGCUCCCACGUGGAUUUGAAUACCGUAGAAGAUGGUGGCCUUGGCAUGAGUUUUUGUGCGAGUGGCUCCACCGACCGCAUAGAGGCGUCACCGUUGUUUGCUAUUGCCCUAUCAAUGCCGCUGGUGCAUCAGGGCUGCAUAUACGAUGUUUUUCAAAGCUGGGUUUGUGCGACGCGACCCUCACAACUUCUUCGUGAAACUGCUAUUCGGAACAUCAUAAAUGCCGUUCUUCAGCAGCUUGUCGUCCUGCACCGUGGCGGGGGGGCCCAUGGGAGUCUAAAGGCAACGAACAUUUUUGUCGCCUCCCAUGUUGGGGAGGCACUGGAUACAAUGAAACCACUCCACACAGAGCGCACCGCUCCACUACCAGUCUCCUCGGGGGUGGGGGGUGCCAACGAUCUGUGGCGCGGGAUGCUUCUGGACACGACAGAGGUGGGAACACGCGACGUGGAUGCCGUUAGUCGCAGCAGUUGCAGUUGCUCCAGCACCCAAGGUAUUGGUGAGGAUGAGGGCGCUGGAGCCGCCGCAGGGGCAGGAGGGGUUUGCACCGGAUCCACAGGCGUACUUGACCCACUGGAGUGGACGAAGCACGUCGUCCUCGCAGACGGGUACUAUGCACAGGUGGAGAAAAUACUGAUGGAGGCGCUCACUCAAAGCGCCGACACGGCUGUGUCAGCUCUAGAUGCGUGUCGAAAGUGUGUCCCGUUAAAGUCGGACAAGGAGUGCCAGUCUUCCGUUAUCCCUGAGACCGCCAUGUCAGAGGGUGCAGGGGUGGAGCUGGAUGAACUUCAUCUUUUUACUCUGCAGGAAUCGGAGUAUGUCCCUCCUCCUGAGUGCAUUACAAGUGAGGAGGACGUGAAAAAUGGAUCUGCGGUAAAUGCGCGGGAUAUGUCCUCGCAACCGGAAUUUACGAAGGGAGCUGCAACGGGCUCUGUUCCUCCAUUUCGGACAACAAAUAAUACGCGGGAUCCGCGUUGUUCAGUUUCGCCUUCACACGACAUUUGGAUGCUCGCGAUGCUGGCUAUUCACCUGGCGGAUGGUGGUUGUCCCUGGUGGAUGAAGCGGCAUCACAGUCCGCUUCCUCGGUUGCGCUGCGGCCCGUGGUCGCUGCGUUUUGCCUCGUUUGUGCAGCGGUGCGCCUGUGCGGACCCGGCGCAACGCCCCAGCGCGGAAGAGCUGCUACAGGACAAGUGGUUUCACACGUCCUUGCUAGAGGAGAACGGAAACGUGGCCUCGUCAUCGCCAGCUCGGCUUUCGUCACAGCAGAUACUGCUUGGCGGUAGCAGCAGUAGUACUCCUAUUCCGCCCCGCCGCCCUUGUCGGCGGGCUUUUCAUGACCUCAUGCUGGAGUAUCAAGAGUAUGCAGAGGAUUGGUGUGCACGGUUGUCUCGCGCGGCCACAGAUGCUGCGGCGGUGAGAAAGGGCCCUUUUCCCGAUUCCACUCAGGACCUGGGAGGCUCUAUUGUUGCCAAUGCCACUGCCAAUGAUGCACCUCAGUUAGAAAUGACCACUGGACUAGAACCAGAUUGCCCGAGACUUCUCCUUUCACGAAGUGGUAACAGCAGCCAAGGCAGCAGCGGCAGCUCUAGGGGUAGUAGUACUAGUAGUUGUAGUUGUAGGAGCAAUAACCGCCGUUUCAGGAGCGGCAAUAAAGAGUGUAUGAGCAGGACUUCAUUGCGAGGAAAUAUGCGAAGCCAAGGUGGCUUUGCGGCCGGUACGGACAGUUACGCCGGCGACGGCCACUCUCUGGCGCUUCCCCAAACCACACCCUUUUUUAUUGGUGCUAUGGGGGUGGCGUUGGAGCUGUGCGGGGCUGAGGCAUCACUUAACGCUGAGGACGCAGACCCAGAGGCAUGCGCAGGUGGUGGCGUCGGCGGGGGAAACAACAAUCCAGUGCAAGAAGGAUUCUCGCGUAACUGCGACCCUAUCUGGGGCCCCAACAUUGAUGUCUAUAACGAGAAUCGUAGGCUCAUUGGUGAACUCAUGCAGGCCUUCUGGAAUCUGCAUCGUGAGUGUCGACUGGCAGCAGACCUGUGGUGUGCGAAUCUAAUGAAACAUAUGAGCCUUGACGGCAGGACCGUGGAGUUGGUAGUCCCGCUAAUAACAGAGGAGACACUGCCCUUCUUCGCUCUCCCAGAUGGUGUGAUGCAUGCAUUGGCGCUUGACAGGAACAACGCUUUGCGCAUUGCGACUUCCACGCCCGCCUCUGUCUCACAGCAAGAGAGUCUUGGGGCGUCUGCACCUGGUAAACCACUACCAGCAGCAGCACUGCAGCAGCAACAACUCACGCCCGGCUCACCCCCUGCACAUGCACCGUUGGUCGGUGUCAGCCCCACUGCGUUCCACAAUUACAUGUUUUGUAAGUGGUGUAUAACAACUUCUUGGGCGCUGCAGCAAGAUGAUAGGUGUGGUGGGAAUGAAGGCAGACGGUAA